CGCUCUCGUGGUCGCCGACUCCAGUCAGUGCUGGUCCAGCCGUUGCAGGGUGUGUGUGUCGUGCUGCGCGCUCCCGUGUGACAGUCUAGCACCUCGCGAGCCAAGUACUAACUAUCUUAUUUCAGUAAUACUGCUGCUCUCAAGUGAACAAAAUAAUUUUUAAAUAAAACUACUAUGAAAUUAGAUAACGUGAUGUUGUUCAAAUAAAAUUAUCAUGGAAAACUUGUCGGUGACAGAAUAUUUAAACUUUCAGUAAUUCAAGUGAGCAAAGACACAGUCUCCUGUGACGGGCUUUAGUGAGGCCCAUCUUCUGCCUAGGAAUAUUUGCCAAGGGAAUCCGUCAGAGGAUCAGAGAGUUGUUCCCCGGCAGCGUUGGGGCUCCUGAGCCCCCCAACUCCCCGCCCCAUGGUGCCCGAAGUCUUCUCCGUCUCCAUGCACUCGUGUACCAUGACAAAGGAGGCGGAGCUGCCACCCGAACAAGUAGAGCCCGUAGACUUGAGCGUGAAGAUCAAAGUCGAAUGUUUUGUCCGUCACGACCUCCCAAAAACUGACCGCAAUGAACAGAAGCCAUCAGAAGUGCCAACCUCCAAGAGUCCUCUCCCCCACAUACCCUUCUAUCUUCCCCACACUCCCGACACUCCCAAACAUCCAUUUCAAAUUCCCCAAUUGCCGCAAACGAUUAAUCUCCCUCUUUCCCCAAUGCAUUUACCGCAUUCAAGUGAUUCGCCGAUUCAUCCGUAUUUCAAAGCAUCAUUUCUUUAUGAAGCAAACAAUAAUUUCAGCGGCAAGACGCCGGUCAGUAAAAAAGAUCAAUCGAAUAUUCCUCCUUUAAUUAUAGCUUCUCCCUCGUGUCCAAUCCCUAUUCGCAUUCCCUCAACGUCGGGACACAUGGAUGUUCUGACUCCCCACUCUAGUCACUUCAAUUUUAACGCCUCAAGUAGCAGGUGUAUGCAAUAUGGAGGGUUACAGAUUUUCCCCAGCACGAGCUUUAGCCCCAAUUCCCCACCUCAGUCCCCGACAACGAGCUCGCAUUCCUCAGCUAGUACGAAACCUUCACACACAGUUGUACCUUCAUCCCCCUCUCCUAGUAUAUCGACCACAGUUGCCAAUAAGUCUACAUCGCCACGAGAUAAGAAAAUAGAAAAUACUUCGCCCGCUCCAAAUACAUCUAAGUCCAAGAAAGCGAAGCUUGAAUCCACGUUUCCUGCGUCUCUGACAUCCGUGGCUGUGUCUUCAGCUGCCUCGAGCGCAUCCACUCAAACCAGCGCCGGAUCCGCGGCGAGUGACGCUAGGGACCAACGAGAUGACAAAUUCGGCUCUAAAAAAUCUCUUGCUUUGGAAGUGUCUUCCGAGUCUAAGUUGGAGACAAGUGCAAGCGACACGUUGGUGAUCACUCCAGUUGCCACGGCGUCGCUGCCAUCGCACCUUGCCCUGCCACAACACUUCUCACAGGAGACCAUCGCUCAGUUUAUCAAGGAGCACCAAACACAUCCACACUUCCCGCUAUCCUUGCCUCACUUUGCUACCGGGCUUCUACCUCCCUUGCCAUUCAGCACCACGAGAGAACAUGAAAUGCAUCUAGGGAGUCUAGAGCCUCUAGACCUGCAGAUAGAGAACGCGCUGAGAGGAGGAGCGUCGUCGCUACUCUCCUUGCAGCGCAUCCGCGAAGCGUCAUUAGCGUUUUACGCCCCACCUAGGCCGCUGAACAGAAGCCCUUCUCCCCCUCCCCCUACAACGCCAUCCCGAGGCUCCCCAUCCACCGCACCCAGCCUAUCGGUGGUGGGUGGAACAUCAGCUCCCUCUUCCCCAUCAGUCACCCACUCGACACCCCCCACGAUUCCCUCACCGCCUUCAUCAUCCCCGAGUUCCCCAACAGCCACAGGUUCACGACCCUCAGUCAGACCCCCACCCUCACAUGCCGACUACAGCGACGCCCUCAGGAGAAGAAAAGUCCACAAAUGUGACUUCGUAGGCUGCACUAAAGUCUACACCAAGAGCUCCCACCUCAAAGCCCACAAAAGGACUCACACAGGCGAGAAGCCCUACCAGUGCACAUAA